AUGAAAGUUAUUUUAUCAUUAUUAUUAUUAACAUUAUCAGUAGCAACAGUAUUAUCCACAUCAUAUGUAAACUUUAUUCCAUAUGAAAAAGGAUCAAACUGUAACGGAGGUAACAGCCAUGUUAGAGGUGUUGGAUAUUCUGUACCAGUUGAUUCAUGUAUAACUUUUGAUUUUUUUAGAAAUUGGAAGUUUUCAUUAUCUUCAGAUUCCUCAUCAGUCAAAUACUCUUAUUUCGCAAAUGGUACAAGUUCUCACUUAGAUUGUUCAGAGCCACAAGGUGAAACUAUGGUUGUUUCCAAUGGUGAAUGCAUUGAAACUAUUGGUGAACAUUACUUUGAUGGUUAUUUUGCUCCAAAACAAGCCCACUCUUACUUGGUCACCAUAAGUAAUACACCAUCCUAUCCAAAAUUUUCAUGGGUAAAUUCAUUCACUCAUGGUAGUGGUUGCUCAACCAAUGAUAUUGUAUUUGCAUCAUUUGCAACCAACUACACUGCCAUCGAUACAGAAGAUCAAGAAAUUGUUUACUGUAAUGUUUACAAAGAAACCUAUACUCGUUCUUGUGGUGUUUACAAUGGUAUGCCAUACUGUUCAAAUGAAUUCUUUAACUACGUUUGUAUUACUGAACAACCAUUCCUUCAAUCAUCUGAAGAAGAAGAAAAAGUAAAAAAUCCAGUUGGUUUUUAUAAAACAUCCACUUGUAUGGGAGAUCUUUAA